AGGUGUUUUUAAAGAGACUUCAAAUUAAAAAAAGAUGACCGAUGACUUGAACAUAUUAAAGAGACUUAAUGUAUAUUAAAAAAAGAUGACUUAAAGUUGAACUUAUUUAAUUAAUCAAUAUAAUUAAGCCUGCUAGAGGCCUUCCUAUUGGCAUAUGGACGAGGAGGACAGACAGACAAACAGUUAAGAAUUAAGAUCAGAGUGGUGAGUGUUUCAUUCUAUGCAUGUCAGCUUCAACAGAUUCAUCCCUUAUUGUAGAACAAAUGGCAGCAGAAGAUCAUGUCCAACAGAUUGAACUACUAACAUCAACCAAUGAUGAUUAUGAUGGUGUUGUUGUGGAAAUGGAUCAGCCUAUGGAUUCUACAACCUUUGUAAUCAUUCUCAGAGCUUCAAUUUCAAAUUGGAAACAACAGGGCAAGAAGGGUGUUUGGAUCAAAUUACCUAUUCAUCUGGCCAACCUUGUUGAAGCUUUAAUUAAGGAAGGUUUUUGGUAUCACCAUACAGAAACAAAAUAUUUGAUGCUUGUACAUUGGAUUGCAGACAGUGCAAACACCAUUCCAGCAAAUACCACACACCUAGUAGGUGUAGGUGCACUUGUGGUGAAUGAAAAAAAAGAGGUUCUAGUGGUUCAAGAAAAUAGUGGCCGUUUUCAGGGAACUGGAUCUUGGAAAUAUCCUACUGGACUUGUUGAUAAGGGAGAAGACAUUUGUGUAACAGCAGUUAGAGAGGUCAAAGAAGAAACAGGGGUUGACUCGGAAUUUGUGGAAGUAUUAGCAUUCAGUCAAAGUCACAAGUCAUUCUUUGAGAAGUCAGAUAUAUUCUUUGUAUGCUUGUUGCGCCCUCUUUCUUUUGACAUUCAAAUCCAGCAGUUAGAGAUAGAAGCUGCAAAGUGGAUGCCAUUUGAUGAAUAUGCAGCUCAGCCAUUUAUGGAAAAGAAUGAGUUUUUGAGAUACAUAAAUGAGAUAUAUUUGGCAAAGAUUGAUGGACAUUAUUCAGGAUUUACUCCUGUAUCUACAAAAUCAAAAUUCUCUAACUACCAAAAUAGCUUUCUUUACUUGAAUGUUGGAGGCCUCAAGAGGUGUAAUUCUUUAUGAAGCAUCAGCCAAAGUUUACAAUCUCGGUGACUUAGGCUUGUUUGGAUAAAUUAUUUACCAUUUUUAUAACAAAAAGAGAAAAGUAUAAGAUCAAAUUGUUUUUAUAUAAGUAGUUAUAAGUUAUUUUCAUAACUGUCAUAAAAAGCUUAUUAAGAAAAUAAGCUAAAAAUAGCUUAGUCAUAUCAAAUGGUGUUUGAUUGUUUUUCUGAACUCUCUUAAAUAAUAUCAAGGCAAAUACUUAUACCAAUAAAUAAA